UUCACCACUUUUUAUAAUUUAUCUGCUUGUCUUGCUAUCUCUUCCAUUUAAUCUAAACCUAAAUCAUUAGAAUCUCCCCAAUCCCGUUUUAAAUAUACUUUUCCUUUUCCGUCAAUUUUUUUCCUUUUCUUUUAUUUGUUUGAUGUUGGCAUGGCUGGUCUCGAUCUAGGCACAGGUUCUCGCUACGUCCACAACGUCGAUGGCGGCGGCAGCGGCCAGUUCACCACAGAAAAUCACCACGAAGAUAACGGUGGCGCAGGAGGAAACCACCACCAUCACCUUCAUAAUCAUGGCCAUCAUCAAGGUUUAGAUUUAAUAGCUUCUAAUGAUAACUCUGGACUAGGGGGCGGUGGAGGAGGAGGGAGCGGUGACCUCGUCAUGAGGAGGCCACGUGGCCGUCCAGCUGGAUCCAAGAACAAGCCGAAGCCGCCGGUGAUCGUCACGCGCGAGAGCGCAAACACUCUUAGGGCUCACAUUCUUGAAGUCGGAAGUGGCUGUGACGUUUUCGAGUGUAUCUCCACUUACGCACGCCGGAGACAGCGAGGGAUUUGCGUUUUGUCCGGCACUGGAACCGUCACUAACGUCAGCAUCCGUCAGCCCACGGCCGCUGGAGCUGUUGUGACUCUCCGCGGUACUUUUGAGAUUCUUUCUCUUUCCGGAUCUUUUCUUCCGCCGCCUGCUCCUCCAGGGGCGACCAGCUUGACUAUAUUCCUAGCCGGAGCUCAGGGACAGGUCGUUGGAGGUAACGUAGUUGGUGAGCUGAUGGCGGCAGGGCCGGUGAUGGUCAUGGCGGCGUCUUUUACAAACGUGGCUUACGAAAGGUUGCCUCUAGACGAGCAUGAAGAGCACUUGCAGGUUCAAAGCGGCGGUGGUGGAGGAGGGAAUAUGUACUCGGAAGCCACCGGUGGUGGCGGAGGAUUGCCGUUCUUUAACUUGCCGAUGAGUAUGCCUCAGAUGGGAGUUGAAAGUUGGCCGGGGAAUUCCGCCGGCGCCGGUAGGGCUCCGUUUUAGCAAAUGUUUAAGUAACAAAUUUAUGAAAUUAUGAUUUAAGAAAUUGAUUUUUCAACACUUUUUUUUCUCCA